AUGAUUGGAGAUCCCGCAUUCAAACUCCCUUGGUACCAAUGGUGGGUGUCCGAACAGAUGCGCAAACUACCCGCGCAUGUUCUCCUGGGUCUCCCGGGCGGUGAUUCUGACGGCGCUUCCGCCGCGGUAAUACUCAAGAUAUGGAGUGAGAUUUGGAGGGCGGUUCUAGUUCCGGAGCCGAGAAGCAUCAACAGCAUCGCCGACAUGCUCACUAGCCGUGGUUUUGUCUAUACUAAAGACAGUUACAAGACCGUCCUAUCAAUCAAAGGUCUCGUCUUUGCUCCUUGGGAAUCGAAUACAAGAAGUCUCCUCGACUUUAUACUUGGCUUUGGGGUAAUGCUACUGACGCCAAACUAUUGCGCCUACGAAAAUGAGGACGCCCGUCUGCUCUUCGACCAGACGAAAAUAAUACGCCCCAGCGACAUCUCGGCGCACGUAUUAAAUAAGCUCUGUGGAGUCAAGUUUGAAUGGGUUGACUCUCUGUCGUGCCAUCUUGAGCUAGACAAGCACUCUGGCACGCUCUAUAUCUACCGGUAUCCCUCAUUUUGUGUCUCACGCCUGCAAGAGCCCAACUCACGGGGUGCGAGGGCAGGCGGCCGAAGGAGCGUUCUUCACGCUUGCGCCUCUGAGAAAAACAGACCCCUGCCGUGGGUAUGUGAUGAGGACAUUGACGGGCUGCUUCAGGAGAUCCUGCUAUCCUACCGUGUGGUAUUCGGCCAGAGCAAGAGAUCAAGAGCGGUGUUUCGAAAACUACAACCUUUUGCCUCCAUCCCAAUGGAGGAGUACGAUUUGGCCAUUCACUUCCCUCACCUCCGGAGUAGGAUCGCCCAGCCGAAUGGCUACGCGUCGCGCAAAAAGCCCCGUUCGCUCCGGCGACUAUGGCAAGAUCGGCGCGAUUCUCCCGCCUAG